AUGCCCCGAGCCAAGGCCGCGAAGAAACCAGCAGAGGCGGUGGCAACUGAACCCCAACCCACCGACCCCACUCCAAAUGGCAAUGGAAGUGUCGCCGACGAAAAUCCAGCCCCUUCCGCCGAAGAAGCCAAAGUUCCGGCGAAGGGAAAGCCCCGCGCGAGAAAAGCCACCAAGGCGACCGUAGCUGCGGAAAAUCCAGAGGAAGUAGAGGCGGAAAAUGCGCCCACGGCAGCUGCACGUGGCAAGAAGAAGCAGCAGCCGAAGGAUACAGAAGAAAACGGCGAAGCGGAGGCGGUGGCCAAGCCAAGGGGACGCGCCAAGAAGGCGGCGACUGCAGAGGCGGAGGCCAAGCCACCAGCUGCUGGCAAGGCGUCCAAGCCGCGGGCCAAAAAGGAGCCCACUCCUGCUCCCGCUCCCGAGGAGGAGAAACCAACGGCUGUCCCGGAGCCAAAGGGCAGGGGACGCAAGCGGAAGGAGACGCCGGCGGAGGCCAAUGGAGGGGCAGAGGAGGCGGCAGAGCCACCAAAGCGAAGGGCCAAAAAGGAGGUCGUACCAGAAGGAGAAGCAGCUCCCAAGGAGAAGGCGGCCAAAGCUGAAACCGCUGUAAAGAAGGCACGCGGAACCAAGCGCCUGGCGGACUCGGAGAUUACAGCUGCCCUAGAGGAGGAGGCAGAAGCGGAUGAGGUGGAGCCUCCCAAGGCUGCAAGCAAGCGAACCAAGAAGGGAAAGGCGGUUGAACCCGAGACUAUAGGAGAUUCCGAGGAGGUAAAAGGAAAGGAAGAACCCGCACCAAAGGCAGCAGCCAAAAAACGAACCAAAAAAGCCAAGGAAGACGAAGGAGCGGAGGAAAAUGAACCGAAAGCCGAGGCAAAGCCCACCAAGCAGCGCGGCAAGAAGGAGGCCAAGGAGGAGCAGCCGGCGCCAGCAAAGAAGCGCGGACAGAAGACAGAAGCCGCCGAUAAGGAAAACGGCGUGGAAGCAGUACAAGAACCCCCAACUGAAAGCAAGCUACCUGCUCGAGGUCGUAAAAAGGCAGCAGCUAAGCCGGAAGCAGCCGAAGAUCUUGUGGAAACAGCAGCUGAAAGUAAACCAGUUCGAGGGCGAAAAAAGGCGGCUGCCAAGGCUGAAGAUCCCGAGAAUGAAGAUGAUGAGGAGGUUGGAUCGAAAACCACCAAGAAAUCCAAGAAGGCCGAGGUCAAACCCAGUGUAGCAUUGGAUAAAGAGGCGUUCGCCCUGCCAGCCGAUAAAGUAUUCAAUUUGAAAAUCUCCAGCUGGAAUGUGGCCGGUCUGAGGGCCUGGCUAAAGAAGGAUGGUCUGCAGUUGGUUGACCUCGAGGAACCCGAUAUUUUCUGCCUGCAGGAAACCAAGUGCGUAAACGAUCAGCUGCCGGAGGAAGUGACCCGUCUGCCGGGCUACCAUCCCUACUGGCUGUGCAUGCCGGGUGGCUAUGCCGGCGUCGCCAUAUACAGCAAGAUCAUGCCAAUAAAUGUGGAAUACGGCAUUGGCAACGAGGAGUUCGACGAUGUAGGACGCAUGAUAACGGCGGAGUACGAAAAGUUCUACUUAAUCAACGUGUACGUGCCGAAUUCGGGUCGAAAGUUGGUCAACUUGGAACCCCGCAUGCGCUGGGAGAAGCUCUUCCAGGAGUACGUGCAGAAACUGGACGCUCUGAAGCCGGUGGUCAUCUGUGGCGACAUGAACGUUUCCCAUAAUCCCAUUGAUUUGGAAAAUCCGAAGAGCAACACCAAGAAUGCCGGCUUCACGCAGGAGGAGCGAGACAAAAUGACUGAGCUGCUGGGCCUCGGUUUUGUGGACACCUUCAGGCAUCUGUAUCCCGACCGGAAGGGAGCCUACACCUUCUGGACUUACAUGGCCAAUGCGCGAGCACGCAAUGUGGGCUGGCGUCUGGAUUAUUGCCUCGUGUCGGAGCGAUUUCUACCAAAGGUGGUGGAGCACGAAAUACGCUCCCAAUGCCUUGGAAGCGACCACUGUCCGAUCACCAUAUUCUUCAAUAUCUAGUUAUAUUCUUUGUUUGUUUUUUAUGUACUUUUUCAAUCGUCACAAUUAUUCUGUUUCCAUUUAAUAUUUGGUUUUCUUUGUAUUUAUUUAUCCAUUGCUGUACAAUGCGUACGCACCUACUUAAUUUGUUAAAAUCAUCAUUACACUGUUUAGUUGUAGAUCGACCAUACGAAUUGGAAUUUUUGAAUAAAGUAAGCUACUCCGA